AUGGUAGGGGAUAUUGAUCACGUGCAUGGGGAAUAUAAGAUUUAUGAGGUUGAGGAAAAUGCGACAAAUAAGAAUUGUCCAUUUACCGCUGAGCGGUUAAGAGAGAUUUUGGACCAGGAAUUCGGGGAACAAGAGGAAUACUUGGGGGAUUUGACAAGUGUGGUUGAGCGUUUAAAUGAGAUAUCAUCGCAAUACAAGUAUUUAGUCAAUGUUACGGAAGUUCAGGGAAUUGGAACCCCUGGAAUGGAGGUUCAUGGACGGUUAGGAGCUUCUUGGGAUGCAGAACGGGACGGGCAACUAACACAUAGGGUAUCCAGGAACGAUAGGGAGGUGUUGAUAAGUGUUGUAUGGAUUAGUAAGUAG